CGGAGAACACCCUCCACCAAUCUCGGGCUGAGAGUUGUUCCAGCUGAGCGCCAGUAAACAGAGCUCGGCUCCGUCUCGCGAUGGGCAUGGAGCACAGAGGCAUCCUCUUGUGUGUGUGGAUCCUCUCCUGGUCUUUUGGAGCAGCAGUUGCUGAUGAGAAGCAGAGAGCUGACCCUGGCUGUGCUGAGAUCAGCAACACAACGUGGCAGGAGUACCGCCGACAAGGAGCCAAGCAACAGGUCCGGUUCCUGCUGCUGACCCGGUCCAACAUCGACUGCGCACAGUUCUUCGACCAAGGCUCUCUCAGUGAGACGCAAAACAGUUACUUUGACGUCUCCCGACCGACUAAAGUCAUCGUGCAUGGUUAUAGUGCGCUGGGCAACAGGCCUUCCUGGGUGAAAGAGCUGGCAAAGACCCUGCUCCGGGUCCAGGAUGUGAACGUGCUGGUGGUGGACUGGAUCUAUAUUUCCUCCUACGCCUACAACCUGGUGGUGGAGAAUUAUAAAGAGGUGUCCCUGCAGAUCUCCGUCCUUAUCAACCAGCUGCAGAAACAUGGUUGCGAGUUAAAGUCCUUCCACUUCAUCUGUAUCAGCCUGGGAUCCCACGUGGCUGGAUUUGUGGGAACACUCUUUGAAGGGAAGAUUGGAAAAAUCACAGCUCUGGACCCUGCUGGACCCAUGUUUAAAGGGACAGACAUUUACGACCGACUGGACCCGUCUGAUGCUCAGUUUGUUGAGGCCAUCCACACGGAUACCGACUAUUUUGGGAUUUCUAUACCUGUGGGUCAUGUGGAUUUUUUCCUGAACGGUGGGAAAGAUCAGACAGGAUGUUCUCGCUCGCAUUUUUCAUCAUUGUCCGGCUACGUGUUGUGUGACCACAUGAGGGCGCUGUACGUCUACAUGAGUUCCCUUGAAGGGUCUUGCCAGUUGCAGGGCAUCCCGUGCUCCAGCUAUGAGGACUUCCUGGAUGGACUCUGUGUGGACUGUGACGACUUUAAGGGCAAAUGUCCAACGAUAGGUCCAUCUGAAAACUCUGGAAUCGUUGUUUCACCCAUUCCUAAAGAGCAAAAGCUGUUUCUGUUAACCACGUCUCAGCCUCCAUAUUGUGCCUAUCAUAUCCUGCUGGUGCUGGAGGUUUCUGCUCUCAGUAAGAGUGCAGAAGUGGAGGUUUCACUGACGACGGCCAACCAGGAGACGCAGAAGAGGAUUCGGAUGCAGACAGACACGACCGUGUACAGGAUGGUUCUAGCUCACCCAGUUGCUCUGUGUGAGAUCAACUCCAUUGAGAUGAAGAACACUGGCUCACGCUUCUACAGACAAGCUGAUAUCCACGUCAAGUCUGUUUGUGCAUCCGAGUUCCCGUCUGUCAGGCAGGAGCAGCCGAUCUGUGUGAACAACUUCAACGUCCGGCGUGGAGUGCAGUGGUCACAUGACUUUGUGCUGGUGUGCUAACAAAGGAUGCUAGCGCAACAGAAACAAAUAGAAUUCACAUUCAAACAACACAUUUCUACAUCAUGAAGAAUUACUGUUUCUUUCCAGUCUAACUAUUUAUAUUUAAAUGGGGGAAAUAUGAAUUAAGCAAUGCAUUAAUUAUUCAUUCAACGGUAACAGGAAUUUUGGCUUUGUUUUUUUGUUUCAAU